CCUCUAUGAUCAACCUCCGCGCCCCGGAAGCGCUCGCCGGCUCGGGCAGGAAGCAGAGUGAGAGGCUGUAGCCGGCGUGACUUUGAGCCCUCAGGAGCGUUGUUGAAGCAUCCAGUUGGCAGCAGCAUGUUGAGGUGCCAGCGGCUCUUGGGCCUGACGCUGCUCGGGCGGCAGCUGCAGCUGAACAAUUGCAGGUGGUGUUCUUCAGGAGUCAUUCCCAAUGAAAAGAUCCGCAACAUAGGAAUUUCUGCACAUAUUGACUCUGGAAAGACUACGUUAACUGAACGUAUUCUUUUCUACACAGGCAGGAUAGCACAAAUGCAUGAGGUAAAAGGGAAAGAUGGAGUUGGUGCAGUCAUGGAUUCAAUGGAAUUGGAACGACAGAGGGGUAUCACUAUUCAAUCUGCAGCAACUUAUACCAUGUGGAAAGACACAAACAUUAACAUCAUUGAUACACCAGGACAUGUUGAUUUCACUAUAGAAGUAGAAAGGGCAUUGAGAGUUCUUGAUGGAGCCAUUCUGGUUCUGUGUGCCGUCGGAGGUGUUCAGUGCCAGACAAUGACUGUCAAUAGGCAGAUGAAGCGGUACAAUGUCCCGUUCUUGACAUUCAUCAACAAACUGGAUCGUAUGGGCUCAAAUCCAAACAGAGCCGUGCAACAACUCCGAUCCAAGUUAAAUCACAAUGCUGCCUUUAUUCAGAUUCCUAUGGGCCUGGAGGGAAAUUUCAAAGGGAUAAUUGAUCUAAUUGAAGAAAAAGCAAUAUACUUUGAAGGUGACUUUGGACAAACGGUUAAAUAUGAUGAAAUUCCUCCUGAGUUUAGAGCAGAAUCUACAGACCGCCGUCAAGAACUAAUUGAAUCUGUUGCGAAUGCUGAUGAACAGCUUGGGGAGCUCUUUCUUGAAGAGAAGAUGCCGACAGUGGCUGACUUGAAGCUUGCUAUCAGACGGGCAACACUGAGUAAAUCUUUCACCCCUGUGUUGGUAGGAAGUGCUCUGAAGAACAAAGGUGUGCAACCUCUGCUGGAUGCUGUUCUAGAAUACCUGCCAAAUCCUUCAGAAGUCCAAAACUAUGCUCUUCUCAACCAAGAAAAUUCUACAGAAAAAACCAAGAUACUGCUAGAUUCUGUCAGAGAUGAUUCCCUGCCUUUUCUGAGUCUGGCAUUUAAACUUGAGGCCGGACGUUUUGGACAGCUUACCUACAUGCGUGUUUAUCAGGGAAUGUUAAAGAAAGGAGAAUACAUUUACAACACAAGGACUGGGAAAAAGGUCCGAGUGCAGAGACUUGUCCGCAUGCACUCGGACAUGAUGGAGGAUGUGGAAGAAGUUUAUUCAGGAGAUAUAUGUGCAUUGUUUGGCAUUGACUGUGCUAGUGGCGAUACCUUCACAGAUAGAUCUAGUACUGACCUUUCUAUGGAAUCUAUUCAUGUCCCUGAUGCUGUCAUUUCAGUAGCAAUGAAACCAUCCAACAAGAAUGAACUUGAUAAGUUUUCAAAAGCCAUUAACCGUUUCACAAGAGAAGAUCCCACCUUCAAAGUUCAUUUUGACAACGAGAGCAAAGAGACCAUUGUGUCAGGAAUGGGAGAACUACAUCUGGAAAUCUAUGCUCAGCGAAUGGAAAGAGAAUAUGGUUGUUCUUGUGUUAUGGGAAAACCUAAAGUAGCCUUUAGAGAGAGCAUUACGGCUACUGUACCCUUUGAUUUUACUCAUAAAAAGCAGUCGGGUGGAGCUGGCCAGUAUGGUAAAGUGAUAGGAUAUCUAGAGCCUCUGGACUCUGAGAACUACACCAAAGUGGAAUUUGAAGACAAAACGGUCGGAACAAAUAUCCCAAGGCAGUUUGUGCCAGCUAUUGAAAAGGGAUUCCGUGAUGCAUGUGAGAAAGGCCCCUUGACGGCUCACAAGAUUUCAGGAAUACGGUUUGUCUUAGAAGAUGGUGCCCAUCACAUGGUAGACUCUAAUGAGAUCGCCUUCCUAAGAGCUGCUGAAGGAGCUUUAAAACAAGCUUUGGCAAAUGCCUCACUGUGUAUCCUGGAGCCCAUUAUGUCUGUGGAAAUUGUAGCACCCAAUGAAUUCCAAGGAGUGGUAAUUGCAGGAGUCAGUCGACGUCAUGGCAUUAUCACAGGACAAGAUGGAGCUGAAGGCUAUUUCACUCUCUCUGCUGAUGUGCCGUUGAAUGAUAUGUUUGGGUACGCUACGGAACUGAGAUCUUCCACAGAGGGAAAAGGUGAAUACACGAUGGAAUACAGCAGAUACCAGCCCUGUUUACCCAGUACACAGGAAGAACUAAUUAACAGAUAUCUAGAAGCAAUAGGAGAACUACCUGGCAAAAAGGGCAAAGCCAAGAGCUGAAUCACCGCUGUGUGAGCUGUUUUAUGCAUCUGGUGACAAACUUCUACUGCUGUAAAGCUCUGUCGAUUUUAAUGACUGAAGAAAAUUCAGAGCAGGUGAUUGAAUUUCACCCUGGAUCAAUAAUUUGACUUUAUGAAGUCACUAAGAGACUGUUACUGAAAUAGUUGCAUAGAAAUAUCAUUAAUUUAUCACUCGCUUAAUUUAAUAAAAUGUCUUUGGCUUUGUUUCAAACAGUUUAUAACAAAAUUAUGUUGUCUGUACAGUUUCCUUUUUGAGAAAAUAUCUGUUGAUUCAUCUAGGCAAUCCAUUAAGGAGAAAAAUGUACAUCAUUUUUUCAACCUAUUAUUUCAACAGUUUUGUGUGGUAGGGUUGGCUAAGAGACAUCCAAAGAUUACCCAGUGAACUUCAUAACAGAUUAGGGAUUUGAAUCUGAGCCACUUUAGUCCAAGUUCAGUACACUGUCUCUCGUGUGGUACUGAAAAUACGGACUGAUGAUGAGGCAAAUGUGGAAGCUGCAAGUUUCUUAUGUUCUGGGUACAAUCUAGCCAAAAGCAUCAUUCAUUUAAGUUCCAUGAUGUGAAAAGGAGAAUGUGACAGACGUGUAUAAUUUGUCCUUUGAAACGAAUGAGAUUUAAGAUAAGUCGAUAUGUCAGCAAUGCAAUGCGCAUAUUAACUUCAAACUCUCAACAAAAAACUUUUUUAUUGUGCACACAAAGAGACUAAAAGUUGGUAAACAUAAAAACAUGAGACGUUUCAGUGUGACAUACCAUCCUCAGUUAAGUAAAACAAAUGAGCACAGAUGAAAACUUCAGUUCUAGGGAUGAGUCCGAAUCGUUUCGGUGCCUCCCUGCAGCCGAAACGUUUCAGCGAGGGGUGCCUUUAAAAGGAGGCAGGCAGGUCUUACCUGCCCCUCCCUCAAUCCUCCGCCACCCCACCAUGGCGCUCUUCUAAGCAAACCUACUCCAUGAAAAUGGCAGCCUGUGCUGCUGGCUCCUUUAAAGCGCUGCGCUGCAGCAACAGGAUGCUUGUGUGGCAUCGGCACACAAAUGGCGGUGCAUGUUCCGACGCCAUUUGUGGGGCCAACUAACAGCUGUCAUUGGUGCUGUGCAAACCACAUUCUCCUUAAUUUCCUGUCUUUCCAAGAUUCUCUGGGUUUGCCAUGUAAAUUUAUCAGUAAUAGUAUUUUAAAUACCAGCAAACCCUUAAUGAAUCUAGCUCUUUUCCAUCUCCUUAAAACAGGCAAACCUAGAGAAUCUGAGAAAGACAGGGAGUUAAGGUGAAUGUGGAUUGCACAGCACCAGUGACAAUUGCUCGUUAACUCUAGUUUGUAUGAGAGGAGAUGUUAUGUACAAGAUUGUGAAAUUUGUGAACAGGGGAAAGGAAACUAGAAAGAAAGGUACAAUAUAUAAAAUUCAAUGCUUAGGUUGCACUUCAUUCUAUAUAGGGAAUCGGGCAGGUCAUUGAAAGAUAGAUAUAAAGAACGUCUAGCAGUUAUGAGGCAUUGUGCAAAAAGAACGAAAACCUGGUCAUUGCAUAUGAGGAUUAAGCAUGAAGGCCAAAUGGUGCCCACUAAAAUAUCUAUUUUAGGGAUUGAAAGGAACCUACAAAGAAGGAAAAUCAAGGAAGCAUUAUUUAUAGAGAAACUGAGACCUGACAUUAAUGCUCAGGAGGCACUGGCUUAUGCUAUGAAGUUUAUUAGCCUCUGAGAAGAAUCAGCUGUUUCUUUCUCUCUCGCCCCCCCACCUCCCCCCCCCCACAUACACACACGCCCCGCUCAUCUCUCCACCAGUCAGGGAACUGUAUGUUAUCACGUCUAAGGAAUUUAACAGCUGGGGAACCGAGCUUUUCAUCUGUGCUCAUUUGUUUUACUUAACGGAGGACAGUGUGUCACACCGAAACACUUUGUGUUUACUAAUUUUUAGUUUUUCUUUGUACAAUAAAAAGCUCUUUUUGUUGAGAGCUUUAAGAUAAGCUUAGCUGGAUUGAACCCUUUUUUCUCUGAUUAGUUUGUACUGAUGGAGAAUGAUGAGAGAUUUGAGCAUGUAGACCAACCUAAACUACUAUUACUACUACUGUUACGGGCACUGGCCAUUUUUCACCCCUACACCGUACCCCUACACAUGGAGGACCUGUUUUUCGAGGUCCAGGAAAGAUGCAUGGACGCACUGGCAAAAAGAAGGCAGAAAUAUCAUGUAAACCAGGAACUCCUUUGCCUGUUUCAGUUUGCUAAACACAUUUGAUUGCAUUCCUCAGAAGCACAUUUACAAAUUUGAUCCCCCAGGAUCAUUCAGUCCCUAGGCAAAUAAAAGGUCACCCUUCAAUCCACCUGGGCGAUUGUCCCGGCAGGAAAAGCCUAUCAUCUUUCUGGCACCAAGAUUGGCACAUUAAAAUAUUCCUAACCCGAACCUUCUCUCUUUGUCCCGACCCCUAGAGGGCCCGGGACCCCUGGAAUGUAACAGCCAAAUGGUUCCAACCCUAUUUAAGGAGGCUGCAUUGGACACCUCUCUCUUUCUUUCUGGUCCCAACCCCAGGUUCAGGACUCCACACCAGCCCAUCUCUUCAGCAGGUAUGUCGGGAGAUGUCUUGUCCUGCCCUACUCAUGUCUCCAGGUUUUUAUUUUUUAUUUUCCUCUCCCUAGACCCCCUUGCAUAUCCCGUGAAUGAGUGGCUAUGUAUGGUUGUAUGGAAUUAUACUGCUAGGAAUAAGUCAAGUUGAGUUAGGAUUUUCCCCUUUGGGUUUUGGUGUUAGAAGCAUUUUGGUCUAUUUUUUGUACUAACAGGUGGGGGAAGGUGGACCCAGCCCCAGCGGCAAACGCAUGCUUAGUCUCAGCCAAACCUCAUGAGCUGAACUGUCCAUCCAGAGCAGCAUUUCAAACAGCACAGGAUUCUUCCUGCGUGACAAUGACAGCUCAUCCUGCUUUGGAGUGGACCACUCUCUCAUGAGAGUGCCUGGCCAUAGAGACAUGCAUGCAGGCUGGAGGGCUUUUACAGCCCAGCCAAGUUGAGAGAUUCCAUCCCAAGCCCUGGGGAAGGGUCCCUCAGCAACAUCUCUCUUGGUCCCAGCAAAUGCCAUAAACAGAGAAUGUAAGCACCUCUUCUAAGAGUCUGGUCAAAUCUCUAUGCCUGGUCUCACUGUUAAUGGUCACCUGGCUAGCUAGGGACCACUCUAAGCUAUUGGUUUCCUGUCCCAGAGUUCCCUGUGGUGGCUGAUUUGCAUUUGCAGCAUCAUCAGGCCCACCUGGGCCUGAUCAGCUCCCAGACAUAGGAUUCAUCCCUGGUCUUUCCUACUGCUAGCCAUGAAGCUGCUUGGACACCCAAAGUGGACCAGACACCUUGGAAGUCCGGAGGGGUUGAGAGGAAAAGAGGAAGGUAUGGAUCAUGAGUUCUGUUGUUAAACGAGGUACUGAGAGCUCCACAUUAGCAGGUCUGACACCUGGUGUCUUCCCCCAGGAGUCUUCAACACAUUCUCAGGUCUGGUCCCCUCACCUCUAUGUACAUCCACACUAGACAAUCUAAACUCCAUUAAAGGUAAAGUUGUGGCGUUGAGUCAGUGUCAACUCCUGGCAACCACAGAGCCAUGUGGUUUUCUUUGGUAGAAUACAGGAGGGGUUUGCCAUUGCCGCCUCCUGUGCAUUAUGAGAUGAUGCCUUUCAGCAUCUUCCUAUAGUGCUUCUGCCCGAUAUAGGUGUUUCCCGUAGUCUGGGAAACAUACCAGUGGGCAUUCAAACAAACAACCUCUUGCUCCCCAGGCAAGUUACUGCCCUGCUGUGCAGAGAGUCCCAUGAUUAGUCAUAGAUAUGAAUUUAUUUUGGUUUAUUAGUGGUUAACGUUUUUAUUAAGGAAAAGUGUUAAACUUUAGAAACUCUGUGUCUUGACAUGCAGGCUGAUUCACGUGUACACCUGUCACGUGGAAAUGCCCACUUACCCCUUGUUUUCAAUUCCCCUUAAUAACAUUUGGCUGUUGGACUUUUGCUGUGUUCGUAAUUGUCUCAGACAUCUCUGCUAGCUUCUGAUCCCAGAGUAGGGGGAACCCCUCGUAGCACUACCACUACAAAAGUUUCCAAAGCCCUUUACACAGAAAAUAAUAAAUAGGAUGGUUCCCUGUACCCAAAGGACUCACAGUCUAAAAAGAAACAUAAGACAGAAACCAACAACAGCCACUUGUCACCUGAUCCUAGGGAGGCAGUGGAUGUCCUGAACUGGGGGCUGGAGGCCGUGAUGGGGUGGAUGCGGGCCAAUAGACUGAGAGUGAAUCCGGACAAGACAGAGGUAAUGUUGGUCAGUAGGAGAGCCAAUCGGGAUGAGAUUCUAUCAGUUCUGGAUGGGGUUGCAUUCCCCUUUAAGGAGCAAGUACACAGCUUGGGGAUAUUGCUGGACCCAGCUCUGCUUUUGGAAGCUCAAGUGGAGGUGGUGGCCAGGGGUUCCUUUGCAUGGCUCCAGCUAGUGCGUCAGCUGCGUCCCUUUCUCGAGAAGCCAGAUCCGGCCACAGUUACACAUGCCUUAGUCACAUCACAGCUGGAUUAUUGUAACAUGCUCUACAUGGGGCUGCCCUUGAAGAAUAUUUGUUCAUGCAGCCUCAGGGUAGCACAGAGAUAUUUACAUAUGCCUUAUUUCCAACAUUUGUGCCCCUGUAGCUUGGGAAUAGUUGAAUCAGUUCUGCACGUUUUGCUCUAUUGUUCUAUAAGGACACCUACUCUUCAGUUAUAUUUCCAGUUUUGGCAGAUUAUCCAGGCAAGGCAGAUGAUUUAUAGAUAUAUCUCCUCCCUUCUGGUGCCAACACUGAAAUUACAUUUAAAGUUGCAAAAUUAAUCAAUUAAUUAAGUCAAUUAAUUGUGUAUAUAUAGAGUAUACAGGCUGUUUAUCUGGUGGUGCUGGGGUAUUGUAUUAUAUUUCUUGGUUGUAUACUGCACUUUAUUGGUAUUAAUAUACUUGUAACUUUUUGUUGGCUGCCCUUGGACCAUAAAAAUAAAGACUGGGUAGCACAGAGCUCCUGGGGGAAGAGGUGGUCAUCAAAAUUCACUCCCCCUUGUGAGCACCAGUGCUAUGCUAGUUGGGAACUCA